AUUAUGCACUAUGCAGUGUAAACCGCGAACCAAGUCAGUGUGGGCCGUUUGAGUACGUUAGUCGUUAUAGUUACGAUUUCUUUUUCUUUUUUUAUCUCCGCCGCAGUAUUAUCUAUCACCGUUCUUAUACAAACACAACACAAUCUUGCAGGUUCAUUAAUCGUUUGACAUUUAGUAUUCAGUAUUCGUCUCGCUUGUUAUCAUGUCUCUUGUGCGCGGGUGACACGACGGUGUAUAAUAAUUAAUAUUGUGUGUCGGUGUCGGUGCUUACGUACGUGCGAGUGUGUGUUUUGAAUACCUAUUUUCGUUUAUGCGAAUCGACCGAUCAUGCUGGGCUGGCUAAGGAAAGAUGAUAACAAAAAGAUCGAGACGUACGAGUCCGUCCUGGACGGGCUACGGGAGAAGUAUAAGUCCAAACUGUUGCCCCUGGAACUGGCGUAUCAGUUUCACGAUUUCCACUCUCCGCAGCUGGACGAUCCCGAUUUUGACGCCAAGCCAAUGAUACUGCUAGUCGGCCAAUACUCUACGGGAAAGACUACGUUCAUCAAACACCUUCUAGAAUCCGAUUUUCCGGGCAUUCGUAUUGGGCCCGAACCCACCACCGACCGUUUUAUAGCUGUCAUGUACGAUGACAACGAAUCAAUUAUUCCAGGCAACGCGUUGGUAGUAGAUCCUAAACGACAAUUCAGACCUCUGUCAAAAUUUGGCAACGCAUUCCUCAAUCGGUUUCAGUGUUCUUUAGUCAAUUCACCCGUCCUAAAAGGUAUCUCAAUAGUUGAUACGCCUGGUAUUUUAUCAGGAGAAAAACAGAGAGUAGACAGAGGUUAUGACUUCACCGGUGUAUUAGAAUGGUUUGCUGAGCACGUGGAUAGAAUUAUUUUGCUGUUUGAUGCUCAUAAAUUAGAUAUAUCGGAUGAAUUCCGUAGAUCAAUUGAAGCACUAAGAGGUCAUGACGAUAAAAUUAGAAUUAUUUUGAAUAAAGCUGAUAUGAUUGAUCACCAACAACUGAUGCGUGUUUACGGAGCACUGAUGUGGUCCUUAGGAAAAGUUCUACAAACUCCUGAAGUUGCCAGAGUUUAUAUUGGAUCAUUCUGGGACAAACCAUUACGAUAUGAUGGCAAUAGGAGAUUAUUUGAAGACGAAGAACAAGACUUAUUCAAGGACCUGCAGUCUUUACCGGGAAAUGCGGCGUUAAGGAAACUAAACGACUUGAUAAAACGUGCAAGAUUAGCCAAAGUUCACGCUUAUAUAAUCAGUGCAUUACAUAAAGAAAUGCCAGCUCUUUUUAGAAGAGAAGGUAGGAAAAAAGAAUUGAUCAAAAACCUUGGCACUAUUUACCAAAAUAUUCAGAAAGAACAACAGAUUUCGCCAGGAGAUUUUCCCGAUCUAAAAAAAAUGCAGGAGGUACUGGUGAAUUUAGAUUUUAGUAAAUUCCAAAGUCUUAAGCCACAUCUGUUAGAAGAGGUCGAUAAAAUGCUUGCCAACGACAUUGCCAAGUUGAUGGCUAUGAUUCCUUUGCAGGACAUGCAAAAUCGUAAGAUGAACAACGGAGAAGCCGAACAACAGCAGCAACAGCAGGCGGUGGUCAAAGGCGGUGCGUUCGUGAGUGUUCAGGAUACAGCAAGUCCGUUUGGUUAUAAGAGAGGAGAAGGUAUUGACGCUGGUAAGGGUGAAACCGGUUGGGUAGUGGCCAAGGAACGGCAGAAAUACGAUGCGGUGUUCAAUACGCUGGAAAAGUCCGACGGAAAACUGUCGGGAGCAGUGGCCAAAGCCGAAAUGGUCAAAUCGAAAUUGCCCAACUCUGUGCUGGGCAAAAUAUGGAAGUUGUCGGACAUCGACCACGAUGGUUUCCUGGACAUAGACGAGUUCGCGUUGGCAAUGCAUUUGAUACAAGUGAAGCUGGGCGGACACGAUUUGCCAGUCGAAAUACCCGAUCACUUAGUUCCUCCCUCAAAACGGGACGUUUAGCGAUAGACGAAAAAAAAACAGGAAUCCUAUAUUAUGUAUAUUAUGUAGACACAACACCAACAUGAGAGUGUACAAUUAUAAUAUUAUAUAAUAAUAUAUACAAUGCGAUUUUUGUGUAUAUUAUAUAUUGUGGAUAAAUCGUGUACGUUAAUUUAUUUAUAUAUUUUUAUAGUCAAUCGAACGAAAUAUGUAGCACAAAAUACCCCCCCCCCCCCCUUAAGUCCGGCCACUCAAAUUCUGUCGCUUGCAUUGAGUUUAAACGAAUUCAUAAUACACACGUUAUUAUCGCCGAACGGCAACUGAAAUUAUUCGAUAUAAUACAUAAUUUAGGCAAUGUUUUUAUAUUAUAAUAUAUUAUAUACUAUACUAUACUAUACUUUACGGUAUGAUGAAAAAGUGAUGUUUUUUUGUUGUUUUUGCGGCAUUUAAUUUUUGUAUCAUUAUCGCAACGAUCAUGUGAUAUUUAUUAUUUAUUAUUAUAUAUUAUAUACUUAAAAUGAGAAGAAAACGUCAAUUUUGUUCAAUCAUUGAUAAAUCAUACGCUGUUCUAACGUAGAUUAUACGAUGUAAAUUAAAUUUUUAUUUUGUAUUACUCGACAAACUUAUUAUCGUCCAAAGUGUUUUUGCCCAAACAACAUAUUAUAUACGCGGUUUCAGCAGUGACCAAUAAUAAUAUUAUAUAAUAUGAAUUUUUUUUGUAUACAUAUUAUAUAUUGUAACAAGUAAACUACCACUAUAUACCUAGUUAAAUUAUAUUUUUAUUGUAUUUGAUAAAUAUAUUUAUGUAAUUUAUCUUAAAGAAAUGUAUUUAUAUUUCUUGUUACACAUGUUUUUGAAUUUGAUUAUAUAUUUUUGAAAUUAAAUGCUUUAUUUAUUAAAAUAAUA